AUGUACGCGUCCCUCUUCGUCUCCGCUCUCGCAGGUCUCGCCGCGGCCGUGCCUGCGCCUACAGGAAGUAGGCGCAGCGACUGGACGAGUGAGCUUCUAGGCUUGGUCUCCAAGAAGAAACUCACGUUCGACCGGACCGGUAGCUUCAAGGUCGUCUCCUUCUCUGACAUGCAUUUUGGUGAACGUUGGGGCAACGGUUCAUGGGCUGUCUGGGGUCCUUCUAACGACAACAUGACCCAACAAGUACAUUCAAUCAUUCUCGAUCAGGAGAAACCCGAUUACGUCGUUUUCAAUGGCGACCUGAUGACCGGCGAGAACGUCUUCGCGAAUAACGCCACUGGCUACCUCGACCAGUGCUUUGCGCCCACAGUCAAGCGCAGGAUCCCGUUCUCGUGCACGCACGGCAACCACGACAAUGCGAACAACAUCAAUCACCAGGAGGAGAUCGAGUACGAGCAGAAGCACUACGGCGAUCUCUCCUACACGCGUAUGGAUGUCGGCCCUGAGCCUUGGGGAGUUGGUAACUACUGGGUUCCUGUCUAUGCUAACGAAGGGGACUGGGCGCCGGCGGUUAUCAUGUGGUUCUUCGACUCGCGCUCCUUCACCUCCGGCACCGGGAAUGGACCUGGCCCUGUCGCCCCCUCGGCCAACUACUACUGGAUCGAUGAGAACACUGUUCCGGCCUACAUCGAUGGCCAAAGCGGAUUGAUGAGGAAGACCUGGGGCUCCCUUCCCCCUUCCCUGGUCUUUGUCCACAUUCCCUUCCAGAGAUCGGACCAGCUUUACCAGCUCGGCACCCCGGGAGACCACGACGAUGAGCCCGAUCCUUCUACCCAGGGUACGAUCAACAACACCUACACUGGCCUUGACGCACCCGCGUUCACGUCCAUCUUCGGCCUCGGCGACGGGCAGAACAAGGUGCUCGCCAUCACUUCCGGACACGAUCACGGCGAGUCUUGGUGCGCCCGUUCGUCUAACUCAUCCGGCAUUCCUCUCUGCUUCGACGGCCACUCCGGCUACGGCGGGUACGUCACCCCUAACUCGCAGGUUCGCAAUGGCCGUGUGUUCAACCUCAAGCUCUCGGACCUUCGGUCGAACAGCGGGCCCAAGGUCCAGACGUGGAAUUCGUACGAGAACAAGACUAUCAACGACCAGGUUACCCUUGGUCCGGACUUCAUGAAGAACUACCUGUGA